AAGGCAGUGUGGAGCCGGGAAGUGCGUGCGGAUAAGGGCUCCGGGUUGAACGCAGUCCCGCCCGGCUCCUCGCAGCGAGUCCCGGGCGUCGCCGACUCGCCAUCUGCCCCCGCUUCCCCGCUCAGCUUCACCGCGCCACAGCCUCCGGCCUGCAGCAGAGACGGAGCCCGAGGCCCAGCCGAGCCGAGCCUCCCGGUGAGGACGGUUAUUCUGAGUGAGGGGCCUUGUAAACGUUUCUGAUUAAACCAUGAGUGUAAUCGCCUACCUGAAGACUCAGUUCCUCAUUCAUCUUUUACUUGGAUUUGUGUUCGUCGUCAGUGGCAUCUGCAUCAACUUCAUCCAACUUUGCACUCUCCCCAUCUGGCCCAUCAACAAACAACUGUAUCGACAUCUCAACUGUCGACUUGCUUACUCACUGUGGAGCCAGCUGGUCUUGCUGCUGGAAUGGUGGUCUGGCACGGAAUGUACACUUUUCACUAACCAGGCCACGGUCGACCAAUUUGGCAAGGAGCAUGUUAUUGUCAUCUUAAAUCACAAUUUUGAGAUUGACUUCCUCUGCGGUUGGGCCAUGUGUGAGAGACACGGCGUUCUGGGGAGCUCCAAGGUGUUGGCGAAGAAGGAAUUGCUUUAUGUACCUCUGAUCGGAUGGACAUGGUAUUUCUUGGAGAUUGUUUUCUGUAAACGUCGUUGGGAUGAGGACAGAGAGACAGUCGUAAAUGGACUGAAGGCAUUGCGGGACUACCCAGAGUACAUGUGGUUUCUGUUAUACUGUGAAGGCACACGUUUUACAGAGAAGAAACAUCGCAUUAGUAUGGAGGUUGCUGAAUCUAAGGGUUUGCCGAAGCUGAAAUAUCACCUGUUACCAAGGACCAAAGGUUUUACAACCACUGUUAAAUACCUCAGGGGAACGGUUGCUGCUGUGUACGAUGUGACAUUAAACUUCCGAGAUAACAAGAACCCGACACUCCUGGGUAUACUGCAUGGCAAGCAGUACCAUGCAGACAUGUGUGUCAGGAGGUUCCCUCUAGAAGAUAUUCCAGAAGAUGAGAGUGAAUGUGCAGCUUGGCUCCAUAGACUCUACCAGGAAAAGGAUGCACUUCAGGAGCAGUACGUGAAGGAUGGUACAUUCCCUGGACAGCCCAUCCAGCCGAGACGCCGACCAUGGGCCUUCCUGAACUGGCUGUUCUGGGUCGUUGUGCUCCUGACUCCACUCUUUAACUUUGUGUUUCGAGUGUUUGUCAGUGGUUCUCCCGUUGUCAUCUGUUCAUUCCUGCUGUUCGUUGGAGCAGCAUCCUUCUGUGUACGAAGGCUUAUUGGAGUGACAGAGAUUGGAAAAGGCUCUAGUUAUGGAAAUCAGGAGUUUAAGAAGAGGAUGUAGAAAUAUUAAUGGAAAGACUUCCAAGCUGCUUACUGAAAAUAACUUCGUGAAUUUUUUAGGAAUGUUUUGGUCUCAACUGACAACAACUAACAGUGGCCAGGAGCCAGAAAUUGGCUGCUUCACGAUCAACUCCUGAAUGGACAGCUACACUAACCCCCAGUCCACAUUACUACCCUGUCUCAUGGAUACACUUCUCCACUCUCAACCUCCCUCUCACUGGCUUCACCCUCAUCCCAAGUCAACUCACUCUUUACCUCAUCUUUCAUUCUUUUUUUCCACUAGCUUGCUAUCUCUGUCUCGAACAUGCUCUAUUUCUCAUGCAGCCACUCCACCUCAUGCCCCUCUAACUCUGUCCUCUCUCCAAUUGCUUUCAUCCUCCACUGCCUCCAUUUUAAGUUUCUAUGAUGUGUGAAAAGGUUGUGUUUUUCAGGAGAAACUGAGACCGCAAAGGUCCACUCUCGUUACUUUUGAUGAUGUAUACUAACUGAUUAUGUUACAUGCCCACACUCGGUCCUACAGUGCUGGCCUCUGUCACUACACUGACACUUCACUAAUGGAUCAGUAACCAAGGACUUGGAAUGUAAUCUGUUGUCGUUUACUGAUGUGACUGACCUACUGAAUUUCUACUUCAGGGUGGGUUUCUCUCAUCUACAAUACACAGUAGUAAUUUUCUGUCUCUGACUGAGCAAUACACACACAAACCACCCUCCUCCUAUACGCUUCUCCAGCUCUGAGCUGAUGUUUCUUUCUCCAGCUAUUCUAGCAUCUUCUUUUGUAGCCGUCAUUUCUCUUUUUCCCCCUUGUCCCUUACACUGCCCCUAAAAUCAAAACUUUUGCAGAGAAUCCAGUUCUCAUUUUAAUUUAAUCAAAUUACAGAACUGACUGUUAAAGCAUGAAGUGGAGAGAUUGAGAAGGUAAUGUGAGCCAGGGGUGAAUGUGGAUCUCUGACACACAUCAUCCAGCAUCUGUCUCCAAGUCCUUAAACUGACUGUACCAAGGAUCAGAACACAAGGACUUCUGAAGAAGUUGGACUUGACUCAGUGCAUCUGCAUGGGGCACAGUGCUCAGAGCAUCUUCCUGACCCAAUCUUGGGUUUGUGUUGAGCUAUGCAACUGAACCCACCUGAACCUCCCCCAAAAAAGAAAACAAAAAUUAAAAUUUGGGUCCCAGUAGAGGACAGAGUCAGAUUCUUUGAUCUGCUCAGACUGAGUGUUAUUCACUCAAUGGUAUGUUAGAGGUUGAACGAAACAUCCCCAGUUAUCUGGUUUUGUUUGAAUCUUGGCAGCAAUUGUUACCUUCCUCAUCACUUCCUGAUCCCAGUGGAACAGAUCUGUAUUCUCCACUGGGACUGCUCUGCUGUUAACCCAGAACUGGGAUCAGGGAAAUGUUGCAGAUCAGGAGAUGAUCCAAGUCAAUAUUUAGGAAAGCACCUUAUGGAUUAUCCACAAGAAAGCAAAGCUUCAUGGUGGAUUCCACUGAUAGCAGGAAUCUGGGCAAUGAAGAGCAGGCUGCCAAGUAUUCACCAGAAUCGAGUGAGCCAGGAACUAAUUGCAGUUUUUGCAUGUAUUUUUUAUCUUUGACAAACUCCAUUUUGGGGGUCUUUGCAUACCGUCUUGUUUUAAUCCCACACUAAUACCUCUCUCCCACUCUGAAUAUUAAUUGUUAAACAUUUCUGACUGCUCUGAGUUUGGAUCACAGUCAAUUCCCACUUGUUACUCUCCUUAAAGGAUUGAACAGCUUCAUCCUCUGAGGUAACUCUGUCCCAUAACAGAGAAGCUGCCUCUGUACGUCUGCAUUCUUUGUGCAUCUCUGUUUCUGUGGCACCUGCUUUUACUCAGUCUGGGUGGUAUCUAUUUUCAGAUGCCAACCCAAACAGAUUUCAGGCUCAGAGUUUAAGUGGAUGAGCUGGAAAGCAGUAGAUCUGUAAUAAAUUGAAAGUCUCCUUGGAUUGUAUCUUCUCACUUGCACCUUUCUCAGAAAGGGCUAGUGUUCAGCUGAGUACUGUGAAUCUGAUCAGAGUUGUUGCUGCGUUAUAUUUUUUGAAAGAAAACCUAGUUACAGCUACUGGUCACCUCUGCAGAUUGACCUGAACUUAACUGAAUAACUGACUUGACUCUGCAGAUCCCCCACCCAUCCCUUUACAUGCUCCGAACCAGCUCUCUCCCCAGCCUGGGUGCAGGUUAAUCCUAACCAUUUCUCCAAAGUGUGCAGCCCUCCUCAAAAGAGUUACACUGUGAGCAGGAGAGUGAGCUGCCUAUAAGUGGAUUUGCUCAUGUACAUUUUAGAUGAAUGGGGGCAGCACGAUUCAAGAUAAAAAUAAAACCUACACAUUUUGGUGCAAUGAAAGGGCAAGCACUAGAAAUUCAUAAAACAUAGAAGACACAAUCGUGGGCACGAAAAUACUGGGGACACGUGGCUGCUUAAUAAUCCAACCUCAGCUGGAUUGUAAUGAUUGCAAAUCAGUUUAAAUGUGGGAUUAAAACUGCCCGUAGUAGAGCUGGGAGGUGGUGUGUGUUGUGGGUAUGGGUAACCUGCGUACAGAAGUAAGCAAAAAAUUCAUUCCUUUGAGGGAACAGUGGACACAAGCCUUUAAAGUGUAAGUCUGAAUAGACUGUGGUCUAAGCCAGCGAUGUGACCAGUUUGCCCCGCUCGGAAUGCAAGCUGCUUGCAGCAACAUUAGCUUUGGCUGAGUUUUGUUUUCACAAUUCCUUGCUUUGUAACAAAAGCAGCCCGCGAGAAUGUGGUAAGGUAGGAGCAUCAUUUCAGGCUUGUUAAAACGUCAUUCUGUACUCUGAGAGGCAGCUGCCUGCUUUCCAGCCAUUUUUGUCCUUCCUAUGAACAGUCAGCGCUGUCCCUGUCAUAGAACAUUACAGCACAGUACAGGCCCUUCGGCCCUCGAUGUUGUGCCGACCUGUCAUACCGAUCUCAAGCCCAUCUAACCUACACUAUUCCAUGUACGUCCAUAUGCUUAUCCAAUGAUGACUUAAAUGUACCUAAAGUUGGCGAAUCUACUACCGUUGCAGGCAAAGCGUUCCAUUCCCUUACUACUCCCUGUCCUGGGAGUGUUUGGGGACAGUGUAGAGGGAGCUUUACUCUGUAUCUAACCCCAUUCUGUCCCUGUACUGGGAGUGUUAGAUGGGGGACAGUGUAGAGGGAGCUUUACUCUGUACCUAACCCCGUGCUGUCCCUGUCCCGGGAAUUUUUGAUGGAGAGAGUAAAGGGACCUUUACUCUGUAUCUCACCCCAUACAAUAUGUGUUAUAGGAGUGUUUGAUUAGGGCGUUUGUAGAGGAAAUUUUACUCUAACCCUGUAUCUGUACUCCCAGUAUAUCUGGAUUAAAAAUCCCUCAUGGGGUAUGGGUUGUUUGUUGCCAUUUUCUCCUCCAGUCACACACUGUCUUUAAGCAGCCCUGACUCUGAAUGUUUGUUUGUUCUUCCCUCUUAAACCAUGCUGAAUAAUGUUAGUAUGGCCUGGUGUACCUCUUAGUGAAGUUUUACUGUACACUGGAGCCAUGGGGCUUGUGUAUGUUGGAGUUUUGCAUUGAUGAAUCAGUGUAUGAACAGUUAUUUGAAUGGGGCAGGAUCCUCUGUUUUCCUGUCAUUUGGCCUGUGGCCCUGAGCAUCUGUUUCUCUCCAUUUUGCAUGUUCUGCUAAAUAUACAAGGACUUUCAGGGAUUUAAAACAUUGAACUGGAUGAAUCAUGCACCAGCUUCACCAGACUGAGCUGGAAACUGCGUAUAACCUUGCAUUUCAGAAUAAACAAAUAAGCCGUUCCAAUCA